AUGGCCGCAGGGUGGAGGGGUCCUUCUUUUGCUUUGAGUAUGGGUGUGGGUGGAGAGCCGAGUAAGACCAGGGAACAGAGAUCAAGGGUCGAUCCGUGGUUGGGGGGAAGCGAGGAUAUUAUAUGCAAGAUGUCGACCACCGAUGAGAAGGGGAAAAAUAAGAAGUUUAUGAAUUUAAAAAGUCGCGGGAUGGGAGUGCGACAGGAGUGGAAUUUGUGCUGUUCGCUUCUGCAAAUGGAAGCUGCUUAUACGAUCCGAUUUCUUUUUGGGCCAGAAUACGUGCCUGCAAGCAAGCGAGCGGGACUAGAGAAACUAGACUAG